ACGAGUAAAGAUCUGACUGAGACGUGAAACUGCAUUAGAUAAUCGAAAUCUUCAGCUGUGGAAUAGGCCUAGUAAAUCGACUUGGACUAGCCUAUAACAUUUUCACAUAGAGCAGGUGCCUACUCUGCCAUCUAUGAACUUUCAAACCCCCGACAUAUGGAUUCCAACGAUGUUUCGUUGACAGACGGUGGCCAGCCCAGUCAACGGCUGUCCCGUCAACAAAUACUCACCAUGAUAGCAAUGUCAUCUAUCAACUUCAGCUCUAUGAUAUGUUACUCUGUAUUAGCUCCAUUUUUUCCAAAUGAGGCAAAAAAGAAGGGUGUGAGUCAAACAGUGAUUGGUCUCAUAUUUGGAUGGUAUGCCUUAUGUGUCCUGGUGGGAUCAUUGCUAUUGGGUAAAUAUAUUGUACAGAUUGGGGCAAAGCUGAUGAUAAUUGUGGGAAUAUUUGUUUCAGCUGUGUGUACAAUUCUCUUUGGCCUGCUGGACAGAUCCGCUGCUGGGACACCGUUUAUCGUUCUCUGCUUUGUCGUUCGGUCAGUGAAUGCUUUUGGCUUUGCUGCUGCCAUGACAGCGUCAUUCGCCAUCUUGGCUGAAGUAUUCCCCAACAAUAUAGCUACUGUCCUGGGUUGCAUGGAAAUAUUCACUGGCCUUGGUCUCAUCCUGGGACCCCCGAUAGGUGGAUGGCUGUAUCAGGCAUUUGGUUAUGAAAUCCCAUUCAUAGUGCUGGGAGGUCUGCUAUUCCUGAUGGUUCCAUUCAACAUCUGGCUCCUACCCAGUCAAGAUGCAGAUCCAUCCAGGGACUCCUUCUUCAGGCUGUGCACCAUCCCGAAGAUCCCCAUCAUCUGCUUCGUGGUUCUCACCCUCAGCUCUGGUCUCGGCUUCCUGGAUGCUACUCUGUCAUUAUUUGCUAUCAAUAAGUUUUCGAUGUCUCCUGGCUCAGUGGGGCUGUUGAUGAUUGGUCUCUCUCUCCCUUAUGGUGCUGCCUCUCCCAUCUUUGGCAUGUUCAGUGAUAAGUACCCGUCUGCACGGAAAUGGAUGAUGGUGAUGGGAGGAAUGGCAACAGCAGUAGGUUUCGGUCUACUGGGACCAAUCCCAGUCAUUGGGGUCAGUAGUCAACUCUGGCUGACUGUUUUGAUGCUGGUUGUCAUUGGUUUUUCUCUGUGCAUGACCGCCAUCCCCACCUUUGCGGAGAUGCUCAUAUGUGCACACGAGAAUGGCUUUGAGGAGGGACUCAGCACACUAGGACUAGUGUCAGGACUCUUCUCUGCAGUCUGGUCAUGUGGAAUGUUUGUGGGACCAACACUAGGCAGCUACAUCACACAAAGGUCAAAUUUUGAAUAUGCUUCAGCUAGUCAAGGUGGACUUGCCUUCUUAGCAGCCACCCUUCUGGGCAUCUACUCACUCUAUGAGCUCCAUAAAAAGAGGUCUAUCAGGGCCACAGAGACCCCACCUGAUGACCGAACGCCUCUCCUUUCUUCCCCUCAUCCCUCAUGACCGGCUCUAAAUGUCCGUUCACAUCAGGGAGGUCCUGCUCUUGGAAUUUCAUAGUGCCUAUAGGAGCAGCUGAGCUGAGCGGAGCUACAGUACCUAUGUAAACUUUGCACCAUAUCAAUAUGAUGCUAUUUAAUCCAAGAGGCUCUAAAUUAUGUCAUAUCUAAUAUAAAUAAUAAUGUUUAC